UAUAGUAUACAUCUGCAUGUUCAAAGGUCUUUAGCUUUACUUUGUAUGAAAGGUGUUAACGUUGUUGUUUUUCAGAUGUUUAUGCAAGCACAGGCACAGAACGAGAAUGCAACAAUGUUGUUGAAUAAUCAAAUUAAAGCAUUGAUAAUGUCGACUGCUAAUCUUACUCAUGCCAAUACAGCAACACGACAAGAAUUAAAGUCAGUCACUAUCAAACUAAAUGAGCAAGAGAUGUUAAUAGAACAAGUUCAACACAAUAAUGGCAUUCUACAGCUGAAAUCAGAUGUUCAAGCAUUAAAUGUUACAACAACUUUGUUGACUCGAUCUGAUGCAAUAUUAGAGACAAAAAUUGAUGGAGUGAAUGCAAGCGUAUUGAGUGCAAAUAGUGAGAACAUAAUGUUGCAACAAGAACUGAACGUAGUCAAUACCAAGCUGGACCAGCAUGUGCAGAUGUCAUCCGCAUCAGCUGGACAAGUAUACGGAGUUGGCCAAGAAACAGUUCUAAAUCCCGGAACACUUGUCACUUUAUGGUCGAACAGAACAACUGGCAGCAAUCCUGCAUUUUUCACAAACGGCGUAACGUACGACGGCAAUGGAGGUCUCGUCAUUUCCAAAACUGGGCUCUAUUAUGUCUAUGCCAUGCUAGAGGGAGAUCCAAAGGCUGGACAUACAAGAGCUGGCUACUCCAUUAGACUUAAUGGAGGUAUCACAAUUAUAAGAACAUUUGUGGUUCGACCAAAUUCUGUUGGAACCGAUGAUGAUCAUGUGCUGUAUGCCGGUGCAAUAAGAUAUCUGAACAGUGGGGACAGGCUCACAGUUGUCAUCACCUAUCAGUCACUGUAUGAAUCAGACGUUAGUUCAUCUUGCUUUGGGGUGUUCAAGAUUGUGUAAGUGAUGAGGUGCUGCUGUGUUGGCAAACAUAUAGUUAAGUUCAUUGUUUCAUGUAAGAAAUCAGAGUGACAAUAUUUUAUGGAAAUAGGUUAGAGAGGCUAGUGACUGAGGUCUCAGUUGGUAUGCCAUGCAUCGUCUUUAGAUAAUCAAUUAGUUCCUGUUUUUCGUCUUUUGGGAGAAACGAUGAUG